UGGUAUUGCUGAAAUGGCUGAUAAACAAUUGUGCAAUAUGUAGAAUUAGGAUACUGACCAUGACUGACGUAUACGUGUAUACUUUUAAAUCACACACACAAGAUACCACAGAAAUUACAAUCGGAAAGUAUCUUUGGAAGCAGAGUUUCUCGUGCUCUGUACUCCACAGUGCCAAUAGAUUUUAUAAAUGGACAGAAUACUGAAAGGCGUAAUGAAAUAUAGAAAGUGUCACAGGGAGGGAAUGGUUAAACAAUUCCAGCAGGUUAAGGAUCACCCAGAGCCAAAGGCAGUAUUCUUCACCUGUAUGGAUUCUAGGAUGAUUCCUACUAGAUUUACGGAAACAAAUGUUGGAGAUAUGUUUGUUGUCAGAAAUGCUGGAAACGUCGUUCCACAUUCUCAACACUUCUCGGAUGAGCUGACAAUGUGCGAACCCGCGGCUCUGGAACUUGGCUGUGUAGUUAACGAUAUACGGCACAUAAUUGUCUGCGGUCACAGCGAUUGCAAAGCUAUGAAUUUACUCUACGCUUUACGUGAUGAGGAGUUUGCAUCACAGUGUAACAGACGAAUUUCACCGCUUAGAGCAUGGUUGUGUGCCCAUGCGAGUAGUAGCCUGGCAAAAUUUCAACAACUAGAAAUAACUGGGUUUCACGAGCCAAUUAUUUUUCAAGCUGAAACACCACUCCGUAAAUUUGUGGCUUAUAUCGAUCCAGAAGAUAAAUUUGCUAUAGAGGACAAAUUAUCUCAGAUCAACACUUUACAGCAACUUCAAAAUGUGGCAUCAUACGGUUUCCUGAAGCGGCGGUUAGAAAGACACGAUCUUCACAUACAUGCAUUGUGGUUCGACAUUUACACAGGUGACAUUUACUACUUUAGUCGAGCGAAUAAAAGAUUCGUUGAAAUAAAUGAACUCACAGAAACUCCACUGCUUCGUGAAAUUAAAAAAUAUUACUCGUGAACGAUAUAAGAAGUUCAGAGCAGAAUAUCAAUCGCUUAUCAACUGCCUUGAAUAAGAAUAAUUAUAGUUUUAAUCUAUAUAUUUAUAAGCAUUCAUCCACACGCAAUGAAUGUUCUGCAAUCAUAUUGUUACUGAUUUCAUUUUACGUAUCCUCCUGAUUUAAACUCAGAUGGAACAGCUUGAACAAAAAUGAAAACAUCUCGAUACUUCGAUCUGAUUAUAUCUUGCUAAGAAAACGAGUAACGGGUCAAGUAUUUCAUACUUGCCAGCAGUUGAAAUAGUAAUUCUUACAUUUCAUAUGAUAUGAUUCAGGGUACACAAUAUUCCAAUAAGUAUAAUUUAUCUACAAUAUAAAAAUCGUGAUCUUUGAAAUGUACUUACCUAGAAUCGAUGGUGUCGGACUGGUCGUGACCAAAGUAUUUGGUGAAUCACUGAAAAAAAAUCAAUUCAUCAACUAUGGGUUGUAAAUGAAUUAUGGUGUAUAAUUGAUAAUUAGGAAUAACGAAAUUAAUUCAUUAUUAGAUUAUUUGUUACUAUUUUUAUAUGAAUUGGCACAGAUGGAACCAAUCCGAUCGUUGUUAAAAUAUUGUUAUACAAAGUACAAAUAUAUUUUACUGUUGAUGUUCGUAAUAAAUAUUCUAACAGAAAGAGAAAUAGUAGACGCUA